AUGCCAUGUCCGAUUGGAUUCAGCAUGGUUGAGCUCGUCCAAAACUAUGAUGUGCUGGAGAAGUGUACAAAAGAUAUUCUCUCCAUAAUCAAGCCAACAGAGGCCGAUCAGAACAAACGACUGCACGCAAUUCAGGAGAUUGUGGAUUCCAUCUAUUUAGUUGGUCGCUUGGGAGAUGCUGCUGUCAAACCUUUUGGAUCCUUUUUAUCAAAACUUUACGCAAAAUCAGGUGAUUUGGAUGUAUCAGUUGAGCUGCCAAAUGUCUUAGGCUUCCCUACAAGCAAGGAAAAGAAGCAAAGUCUCUUGGGAGAACUAAUGAGAGCUUUAGAAGUUAGAGGUGUUUCUAGAGAUGUGAACUUCAUUCCUACUGCAAGAGUUCCAGUUCUUCAGUAUGUGAGCAACCACUUUGGUGUUUCCUGUGAUAUAUCCAUUGAUAACUACCCUGGUGGACUUAAAUCCAAAGUGCUGUACUGGAUCAAUACUUUAGAUGGCCGCUUUGGCGAUAUGGUUUUAUUGGUCAAGGAAUGGGCAAAAGCUCAAAACAUCAACGAUCCAAAAGAUGGAACCCUCAACUCCUAUUCGCUUUGCUUACUUGUACUCUUUCAUUUUCAGACAUGUAAGCCUGCGAUUUUACCACCUAUGAAUGAGUUUUUAGAUGUGAACAUUUCAGCAGAAAGUGGGCCUUAUAAUGAAAAAAAUCUUGAUGAGAUGUGUGCGGAAAGUAUAGCAAAGUUUCGACGCCGGGACAUAGGGCAAAGGAAUCAGAGCUCUCUGUCUCAUCUCCUUGCAACUUUCUUUGAGAAGUUUUGCCGUCUAGGUGUCCAUUCUAGUGAUCAUGUUAUAUCCACUUACAUGGGCCGGCUCCAGCGAAAACAAGGCGGCCUAUAUUGGAUGACCAAAUCUUGCUACUUGUUUGUUGAAGAUCCAUUUCAGAGACUUGAUAAUGCAGCUAGAACAGUUGAUGUGCUAGGGCUUCAUGAUAUUGCCACAGCCUUAAAAAAUGCUAAAAAUAUUGUCUCCUCUGAUGGGCCUGUUGACCGGAAUGAAUUCCUUUCGCUGCUGUGUACGCCUGAAGUUGGUUCUAAACUGGGUGCAAGAGCCACGGCUGGCCGUUACGCUACUCCUGCGACGACCCUUCAGGAGGACAGAUUCAGAGGAUUUCUGGAACGUUUGGCAGCUAACCCUUUCGAUAAUCAGCAUCGCCUUAGAGCCCAAGGAUCAACAGGAAGCAGAUCAAUUCAUAGCCCACAGCCACAGGGGUACAAUUCAGGCAGGCAGGCAGCUGCUCGACGCCAGAGCCAGCAGCGCAGAGGGGAGUACACUUCAGAUCGUCAAGCUAGUGGUCAUGCUCUGAAUGCGAUGUUUGAUGAGAUUUUGGGUAGACGUCUCCACAAUGGUUCAGCACCCAACUCACGAUCCCAAGCCUUCUCCAGCAGGUCACCAGGGCAAUACUGGUAG